AAACUAGAAUUAUUUUUACCAAUGUUCGAUGAUAACCCUAGGAACGGGUGCGUCUGUCUUUGCUUUCUUCUCAACCGAAGUUUUAUCAAGGCUUUCUGUCGGUUUAAGGACAGUUUUUCGUUUUCUUGGGGGCAUGGUUCUCCUUGCAACGCUACAAUGGAUCUAGACCGAGGGAUUCCGACAGAAUUUCGCGGGAAGUUGUCUAAAGUAUGGAAAUACCUGAGGUGAAUCAACAGAAGGAUCUUGGCGAGAUUCUGAAGGGACAAACAAAAAGAGGGGUUAUGGUCAUACAUGCACCUAAUAAAAGUAUAGAUACAUAUCUCCUUUAAUCAUAAAUGAGGUUAGGGUGAAAUUUUAAAGUAUUCAAAGCGUGGAAUUUAUUGCGCGAAAAUUGAUCCAUAGAAUGCUCACAGGAGACGAUAACUCCGUUUAUUUCGCACGCCGACAGACCAAAGUUUGUUUGCAGAGAUGUCAUCGCCAACAGUUAACAAGAUACCAGCUCACGUUCCUCCGUUGGAUGAAGUUGUGAAAGUAUUGAAUGAUGGCCUGAAGAAAAACUUUACAAAUAUCUCGGUAUCUGUCGUAGAUUGUCCGGAUUUAACCCAGAAGCCAUUUACAUUGGCUGCUCCAGGUUUAUGUGGAAAUGCUCGCCUGGCAGAUGUAGGAGGACCGGGAUUUCUGCUACCACUCCCACAGAAGGACAAGAAGUUUACCUAUCGUCAGAUAGCGGAGUCUGUAGGACUGCCUGGUGCUUUUAUGAUUGGAGCGGGCGCUGGACCGUGUCAUAUUGUAGGGGUCAACAGUGAGUUGAUGAAAAAUGUUAAAAUGGAUGGUAAAGGUGGUGUGACCAAAAUCAACUCUCACAUUGCCAAGGUCAACCCUAAGGAUGGAGGGUGCGUCUUGGAAACCAUUGAUAAGCCUGAGUUUUCCUUGAUGGGAAAUUUCCUUUGUUCUGAUGGCCAGCCAGGAAAGGUUAUAGAGGUCAAGGCCAGUAACAGAACUGGAGAGGAGAACUUUAUGUCUUCCAUGAGGAUAUAUAUAUUCUCACAAAAUUGCUUAUUUCCAAUGGGGUCAUUAUUGUUAUUGCUAUAUACAAAUAUUUAUUAUCUAUUACAGCCAGAUUUCUCAGACAAACCAUUGGACUCCCAAGAAAAAGUGAACAACUGGUUAAAGUUCUAUGAAAUGGAUGCCAUUUUGGUGUGUGUUGGGGAGCUGGUCUCACAUGACCCUGGUUAUGACCUGAGAGUGGAACAUUUCCAUUGCUUCAGUGACCACGGUCAAGGAGGUCAUUAUCACUUUGAUGUCACCCCCAAGGACGUGGAAUACAGGGGGUACUUCGUAUUAGCGGAAUCUAUUUAUAGAAUUGACCAGCCUGUACAAACCACGCAACUAGGAAGGUGAAGGCUGUUGUUAUUUUUUUUCAUUUCUAAGAGCUGUGCUGGUUACUUAGUUAUGAACUUUAAUGUACUGUAUACAGGGUUAUUUUUGCCCCGCUUUAUUUUCACCUUUUCACACUUGCAAACAAUUUUGCUCCGUCUUAAAUUCACCCAGUCACAAGUUUUUGUAAGAAAUUAUACUGUAUUCUUUGCAUUCACCCAAUUUAAAAUUCGUCCAACCAAGGCUAGGGCGAAAGAGGCAAAAAUAAAAUGGGGCCGAAAUUUUCGAUGUGUACAGUAUGUUCUUCCACAGUGCUUUUUAGGGUAAUGUAUUUGAUUUUUUAUAUAAUUUUUUUUUUAAAUUAUACAAUCUGUGAUUCAUUCUGUGAUCAGGGACUGAUUUGUGAUUUUUUUAAUCAUUUAGAAACUAGUUCUAGUCUGUAUACAUGUAGUAAUCAAUUGAAAUGGUAGUCAAAAAUUAGCCUCAGGUGUGUUUAGUUGUAUGAUCAGUAUGGGCUAAUAAACUAAGAUAACAGAAGUAUUUAGAUGUAAAAAAAAAAAUACACCCCAAAAAAUAAGUUCAGAUUUAACAAGAAUGAAUCAUAAUGGCCCAUGUCUUAUGAAGUUGUUGCAUAUUUGAUUUAUGUUUAAGACUGUAAAUGAUAAAAUUUUUAAUCAAAAUAUUAAAUCCUUAUGCAUGUACUGGCAGCUAUAAUUUGUGACAUAAAAAUGAUUUUUCUCUUAAAUAUGUUAAGUCUGAUUGAUUAUGCGAUAUUGCAAAUUGUUUAUAUGUACAAUUUAUAAAUACAUGUACAAAGCAGACAUGAAACUUUUUAAAUUUUAAUGUAUUUAUGCAAGAAUGUAAUAAUGAAUGAUUUUUUUUUAUUAAA